AUGCCUGCAACAAUCAUCACAUUUGCCAUGGCUCAGGCCGCUUGUACCGCAGUUAGUGGUGGGAUCAACUCCUAUCUCAAAGCUCCUGCUCGAGCAUCUUUCGCCGAGCCGUCGGGUCAGGAGACGCUGUGGGACGAGGACAAUUGGGCGCGCAUCAUGGACCUGAAAGACGUUCUGUGUUUGGUACGACCCUUCAUCAUUGCGUCUCAAAACCUUGACCUCGACACAAUUGAGCGAGCCACGACUUCUUCAAUCAAAGGUUCGGGCCGACGACUUGGGACUCCUGGACCUCCAGCGUACAGCAGCUCAGACAUGCCAGCAGACCCUGAAGCAUGGCUCAGCCAACAGGCAUAUUGUAUUGGUCAAGCCACUAUGCAUUUCGUCGAGAUGCUCAAUGUUACUGCCGCCGGACCUUCUGGCUCCUCUCCACGAGCAUGGAACCUUAACGUCACAGCAGCCGAGGAGGUCGGAUUAGAAGUGCUGUCUCUCUACUGCGAAACAACACAGACAAUGUCAGACGCACCCUCUGGCACAUUCCUAGCCGUGGCACGGUCAGAGAUGCGCUUUCAUGACGCCCAACUUCUAAAGGUUGCACAGAGCCACUUCAAGGCCGUAGAAUUUGGUCACACGUAUCUUUUGCGCCUUCCAUCCGAGCGACGCUGUUUGGCAAUCUCAGAGAAUUUGGUCGCACAGAGCAAGGUCGUCAAGAGGACCAUGAAGGGUGCUGGCAUUGUAGCGUCUGCGAUAGCUGGUCCGAUUGGUAUGGCAUUUGUGGGCGGAUCGAUUGCAGCUCGUCAUUACUGGAAAAAUUCCAAGGCAGCAAGUGCGGCUCGUAAACCCGUGGCGAGAGCUGGCGAACCAGGGACGAGGCUCUCUUUCGUUCCCGCGUCAAGAUUUGAGAAGGAAAACUGCAACAAUGAACUUCGCUACGGCAUGUUGAUUAAUAUCGUCGAGCAGGGGGGGGACAGCAGCAAUGGAUUAAGGGUCUCUGCAGACGGUGUACAGCUUGCUGAGAUUCGCAUCGUCCAUUGCGAGGAACGGCAUCGAAAUCAAAGUCAAGGCCGCGCAAUUUGUAUCCGUGACAGGGUCUUGUUGAAAGAAGAGGGCACCGGUAGACUUCUUGGCAGAAAGAAGGUUGCGGAGGAGACUUGGGAGGUUGGAUUCGGCAUCUCUGACGAUAACGCGUGGGUAGUGAGUCCUCCUGUCUAG